UAGUAUUUUGCAUUGGUAAUUUGGAUCGUGGAUUCGAUCGGAGUAUACGAAACAAGUCCGAAAUGUCGUUAAUUAGUACACUUUGGAAAUGUGCAUUCAGUCCUCGGCUUUUUAAGAUUUACGAGAUAACGCGAAUCGGUCAUUUGAUAGACAAAUCGUACGAGCCGAAAAGCUUGGAACGAUGGGGCGAUCAAAUCGUAAUUUGCUUUGCAGCGAUCUGGACUAUUAGUUUAUACACAACACCACUUGUUGCUCCUGUCUUCUAUCAACGCGGCAGUUGCUUGGUAGACAAUGUAUACUUUUUGACCAAAGUGGCAGCCGGUGCCAGUGUAAUUUUGCUGGCAUCUUUGGCUGUACGCAGUUGCUCGAGAGCAAGCAAUCCUACGUAUUUGAAAUUUUUGAAGACAUUGAACGAUGCGACCAUGCACUAUAAUUCAGAAACGAAACAGGAACUUCAUAAAUACGAGUUUGAGUUCUGGGCAUGGCCGAUAGAUUUUAAGAUUACCGACGUAGAUGGAGACAAGCCUAGGGAGAAGCUAACGUUAGAAAAAAUUGCAGCGUCCAGUGGUCGUGUAAAAAGGCAAACUAGUAAGGAAUUUAUAUUCACGUUGCCUUGUAAAUUAUUAUCAUGCAUCGUAGCUCACACGUUCGCUAUUAACAUGAUAUAUCCUGGAGGUGUAUCAAUUAUCAACUGGACAUUUCGCUCUAUGCUUUUGAAAGGAAGGACAGAUCUAAUAAAACAAGGAGGAGAAAGAUACAAACUGUUGACCGUGGAUAAUAAUCAAAUCGACACUAUAUUCGUUGACCGACGUAACAAAACAACGGAAGGAAAUAUAUUGGUCAUUACAUGCGAAGGAAACUGCGGCUAUUACGAAACCGGUAUUAUAUCGACUCCGUUGUAUAAAGGAUAUUCUGUACUGGGUUGGAAUCAUCCAGGUUUUGGUGGCAGUACUGGUGCCCCGUAUCCUCUCCAAGAAGAGAAUGCUAUCGAUUGUGUAAUGCGUUUUGCGAUCGAUCAGUUAAUGUUUUCUGAGGAACAAAUAAUACUUUAUGGUUGGAGCAUUGGCGGAUAUACUGCUACCUGGGCUGCUAUGAACUAUCCUUCGAUUCAAAGUCUAGUAUUAGACGCCACGUUCGAUGAUGUACUUCCAUUAGCUAUUACGACAAUGUCCUCGUGGUUAGAAGGCUUAGUUCGAAACAUUAUCAAAGAUUAUUUCAAUUUGAACAUCGCAGAGCAGUUGAACAGGUACAAUGGUCCUAUAUUACUUAUACGUAGAACAGAGGACGAAGUAGUGUGUAUCCCUAGCAACACAUUGACAGGGAAUCGCGGUAAUGUGUUGCUGCACAAAGUCUUGAUAAGACGUUAUCCGUACCUUUUCUCGGAAACAUCAGAAUGCGGCGUACUUUUAACAAGAUUUCUGUCCGUUCAGCCUUCUUCCAGGAAAUCGAUAAUGGAAGCGGUACAGGUCGACGAACGGCACUGCUUAGAAUUAAUUGCGAAUGAUAUAGAAAAAAAUAAUGGUACCGUAACUUAUCCCUCGACUCUCGGACGAGACAGUGAUUCUAAAACCAAACAACAGCUUGUUCUAUUCCUUGCGACAAUGUACAUGAAAGAUCAACCGUCAACGCACUGUGCGCCAUUGGCGGUAGAUUUGUUUAAUCCAGGUUGGGACUCGGCAUCUGCGUUGCACAUAAAACAAUGAAAGAGAAAUUCCAUGAUAUCGUAAUUGACCAAUUACUAGGAGCUUCGUUCAAUUCUUAUUUUUACGGUAGGACAAAUUUUCCAAUAGUCAUAAUAAUUUUAAAUGCAUUUGAUGUUAGGUUCUACGAAUAAGCGUUAUUUAUUUUAUACAAAUUUCAGUCUGUUUUUCGCGUUCGAAAUCCAUAAAAAUACAAAAUUUAAAUACGAUUUUUAUAUUCGCGCUCUAGUCCAGUGCAAUCGUGGCACAUGCGGUUUGGAAACCAAUUGUAUCCUCAGUAACAAAGAAAAGUACAGUAUACGCGUUGCAACACGAUCAUACGUUUAUGAUCCGAAACUCUUUUUAAAAUGUAAUGCAAUAAACGUGGCAUUUCGACAGUAUAUAAAUAAAACAUUUUUAUUUUUCAAAUGUUUAUAAUUAAUUAAAAUCUAUUAAUUUAAGAAAAUUUUUUUUAGAAAUUGUUGUAAAGUACAAAAUUCGCACUAAACUCUUAACAAUUGA